GCAGGUGCCAGGGGAGGCAGGAAGGGGCGGGCAGGGCGCUGCCCGCUCCUCGCCAUUGGGAACCGGCCGCAGGCAGCGGCGGAGCCCGCCCGGCCCGAGCUCAGAGCCGUGGCGGCCGGAGGAGAGUCCCGGAGCCCGGCUGCAGACCGGACACCAGCAGCGGAGCCGAGCCCCGACGGAGAGAGGUGGCUGCCCCGCAGCCCGCAGCGGAGCCCCGGCUGGGGGUCCCGGAGCCYCGUUCCGGAGCCCGGCUGAACGCACCGCGAAGUCCCGUCGGAAGCGAACAACGGAGCCCGGCUGAGCCCCGCAGCAAGAGAGUCCUGGAGCUCGGCUGAGCCCCGCAGCACAGCCCCAUCCCGGGCAACACUGAACCUCCCCUCAAAGUCACAUCGGAGCGUCCCGGAGCCCGGCUGAGCCCCGCAGCGGAUCCCUGUCGCAGCGUCCCGGAGUCCCGCUGAACGCCACCGCAAAGCUCCGCCAGAAGGUCCCGCAGCCCGGCUGAAUCCCACCGCAAAGUCCCGUCGGGAGUUCCCGGAGCCCCUCAGCGGAGCCCCGGCGGAGCGUCCCGGAGCCCUGCAGCCGAUCCCCGUCCGAGUGUCCCGGAGCCCCGCCGAACCCCACCGCAAAGCCCCGGCACAGCGUCCCGGAGCCCGACCGGAGGAGGCUCCCGGAGCCCGCGGGACCCUCGGCGAGCGGCGGUGCCCAGGGGCUCCCGCCCCGGUCCCUCCAUGGACUGAGAUGGCCUCGGAGCUGGCCAUGAGCGCGGAGCUGCCYACGAGCCCCCUCGCCAUCGAGUACGUGAACGAUUUCGACCUGAUGAAGUUCGAGGUGAAGAAGGAGCCGGCGGAGGCGGAGCGGCUGUGCCACCGUCUGCCCGCCGGGUCCCUGUCGUCCACCCCGCUCAGCACGCCCUGCUCCUCCGUGCCUUCCUCGCCCAGCUUCUGCGCUCCCAGCCCCGGCGGGCAACCGGCCCCCGGCCCCCCGGCUACCAGCGCCGCUUCCCUGGGCUCCAAACAGCAGCUGGAGGAGCUGUACUGGAUGUCGGGUUACCAGCAUCACCUCAACCCCGAAGCUCUCAACCUGACGCCGGAGGACGCGGUGGAGGCGUUGAUCGGUGCCCCUCAYCAYCAUCAUCAUCACCAYCAAGGGUACGAGCCCUUCCGACCUCAGCCCUUCGGGGGCGAGGAGCUGCCGCCGGCCGCCCAUCACCAUCCCGGCCAUCACCAUCAUCAUCAYCACCACCUACGCCUGGAGGACCGCUUCUCCGACGAUCAGCUGGUGAGUAUGUCCGUGCGGGAGCUGAACCGSCAGCUGCGGGGCUUCAGCAAGGAGGAGGUGAUCCGCCUCAAGCAGAAGAGGAGGACCUUGAAGAACCGGGGCUACGCUCAAUCCUGCCGCUACAAGCGGGUCCAGCARCGGCACAUCUUGGAGAACGAGAAAUGCCAACUGCAGAGCCAGGUGGAGCAGCUCAAGCAGGAGGUGACCCGCUUGGCCAAGGAAAGGGAUCUGUACAAAGAAAAAUACGAGAAGUUGGCCGGCCGGGGUUUCCCGAGGGAGCCCUCCCCAUCCGGCGCCCCGAAAGCCACCGCUGACUUCUUCAUGUGAGCCGGGCUGGUGGGAUGGGGUGGGAUCUCCUUUUUUUGGUUUUUCCUCACGCGGGGAGAGCAAACCCGCCGCUUGUAUUUAAAAAAAAAAAAAAAAUAAUAUUAUGAUGUCCCCACCGGAAUUUUGGGGAGCGGAGAUUGAACUCCCUCCCUCUCUCCCUCUCACCACGCACCCACYCAUCGGGACUCGGGGUGGGGGGUCCCGGGGUGGGGGAGUGGGGGGCAGCCCUGCAUGCGGGACGUGUACGGCCACCCGCCCCCCUUCCCGGGAGCAUCGGCGCCAUCCAGGUGGCUUCUCCCCCCUACUUUUCCUGCGGGUUUUCCCCUCCAUUGGGAUUUUUAUUCUUCGAGGGGUCCCCACGGAUCGGCCGGCGGGGUCCCCGGCAGCGCUGCGCCCUGCCCGACCCCUCCGCCCACCCCCCCAUUCCCGGCCGGCGAAMCUGAGCCACAUUUAACUUAUUCACCUUUGUAAAUAUGUAGAAAAUUAGUUCGUUUUUGCCUUUUUUUUUCCUUUUAUUUUAUUUUUUCCUUGAGCCUAUAUUUUGCUUGGUGAUUUACGAGAAAAAGAAAAUGAACAAAAAAACAACAAAAAAAACCCUAAAAUCCUUUAGAAAAGAGAAAAAAAAUACAUGAGUCUUAAAAGUUUGUAUGUAAUAGCAUGCAAAUAAUAUCCGAGUUAAUUUAACGAUGUUGGGAAGAAGCCGAAUGCACUAUAUACAGGAAUCAAUUGGGUGAAAUAAUACUGUUUUAUAGAGAUUUAAAAUUAUCUAUGCUCUUAAAGAUAGUGGGGAGGGGAGGGAGGGGAARAGGCAACAAUUUUGGGGUGACCUGAAAGGCAAUAUAGUAAUAUAUGGACUGCAAACGGUUGGCUGCUAUCUCACUAUGCACCAGAUUUAUUUAUUAACCCUCGGGAAACGGAAAAUCUUAUUUUAACCUCGACGUUUGGAAAAAAAAAAAAGACGGCAAGAAAAUGCACAUUAUUUGUUGUGGAAACGAAAGAAAAAAGGAGGAUUAAGAAUUCGUGCAAUCGUUGGAGCAAAAGCAGGACCGAUCCUGCGCGGAGGAGCGGGGCGAGUUUGUUUUUUUUG